AUGGAAAUCAGGCGCGAUUUGCUCGACAUUUCGCCUGCUUUGACAGAGGCUGCUGGAGCUAUCGUUGAUUUUAAGGCUUCACAAGAUUCUUUCACACGUUGUUUCAAAUCAAAUCCUCCGGAACGUUGGAAUUGGAAUAUUUAUUUGUUUCCUCUCUGGUGCAUUGGGGUGGUAGUUAGAUAUGGGAUUCUUUUUCCGUUAAGGGUUCUGGUAUUGACAAUAGGCUGGAUAAUAUUCCUGUCAUCCUUCAUCCCAGUACAUUUCUUAAUGAAGGGAAAUGAUCAGUGGAGGAAGAAAAUAGAGAGGUACUUGGUGGAGUUAAUGUGUAGCUUCUUCGUUGCAUCAUGGACCGGGGUUGUGAAGUAUCAUGGACCACGACCCAGCAUGCGACCCAAGCAAGUAUUUGUGGCGAAUCACACUUCCAUGAUAGAUUUCAUUAUUUUAGAACAGAUGACUCCUUUUGCUGUUAUCAUGCAAAAGCAUCUUGGAUGGGUUGGACUGCUACAAAGCACUAUUUUGGAGAGCGUGGGUUGUAUCUGGUUUAACCGCUCUGAAGCAAAAGAUCGUGAAAUUGUUGCAAGAAAGUUAAGGGAACAUGUUCAAGGGGUUGACAACAAUCCUCUUCUUAUUUUUCCAGAGGGAACGUGUGUAAAUAACAACUAUACAGUCAUGUUCAAGAAGGGUGCUUUUGAACUCGGGUGCACUGUUUGCCCGAUAGCGAUUAAGUACAACAGAAUUUUUGUGGAUGCUUUCUGGAACAGUAGGAAGUAAGAAUCUACUUUGAAGGCACUAAUUCAGAUAUAUAUGUAGGAUUUGCUUUUGUUCCAAAUGUUUGCUUGUUAUCUUCAAAGCUGUUGCUGAUAUAAACUUGUCUCAAAUUGUUUGUUGUGGUUCUGAAAGGUUGUACAUUUUAUCAUUGUUAUUGCAA